CACCAUGGCCCAGACUGAUGCAGGCAGAAUGGAAGAGUUCAGGUCUAAAAUCAACAGAGUGGGGGCUCAGAAGGGAAUUCCUCCAGCUCUGAUUGCUGCCAUCAUCUCCAGAGAGUCUCGGGCUGGAAACGCAAUAAAGAACACUGGAGGCUGGGGGGACCAUGGCAACGGCUGGGGACUGAUGCAGGUGGAUGUGAAUCCAAACGGAGGUAACCACACUCCAGAGGGCGCUUGGGACAGCGAGGAACACCUCAGACAAGCCACGGGCAUCUUGGUUCAUUUCAUCGGACGGAUCAGUACCAAAUUUCCUAAUUGGAGCUCGGAGCAGAAGCUGAAAGGUGGGAUUGCAGCCUACAACAUGGGCGAUAGAAACGUCCAUUCUUAUGAAAACGUCGAUGACCACACAACCGGUAGAGACUACUCCAAUGAUGUUGUUGCCAGAGCCCAGUGGUACAGGAACCAUGGUGGCUUUUAACUGUUGAAGCCCACUCUGACAACAUUUCCUGCAAGUCAUUAAGUAAAAGUCUAAAAAGUUGUUUGUGUGAAAUCCUGAGGUAAAUAAAC